GGCCCGUGUCAGAGGGAGGAGCCGCGGGAGGAGGAGCAGCCCGCCGCCAUUGCCGCCGCGGCGCUCGGAGACCCUUCGGCACGGCCCGCAGCGCCCCGCCAUCAGCCCACGCACCAACCUUAAGAUGAGUGGCUGCCGUGUCUUCGUUGGGCACCUGAGCUCCCGUGCUCGGGAGCGGGACGUGGAGAAGUUCUUCAAGGGAUAUGGACGCAUACGAGAAAUCCAUCUGAAAAACGGAUUUGGGUUUGUGGAAUUUGAAGACCACAGGGAUGCUGAUGAUGCAAUUUAUGAACUGAAUGGAAAAGAGUUGUGUGAUGAAAGGGUUACAAUUGAGCAUGCUCGAGCCCGGAGAGGAAGGGGCAGAUUCGCACAACGCUUCAGUUAUUACCAGUCGCAGAGUGGAUCUAGCCGGUAUGGGCCUCCUGUUCGUACUGAACACAGGAUCAUAGUGGAAAACCUUUCGUCCCGGAUCAGCUGGCAGGACUUGAAGGAUGUGAUGAGAAAGGCAGGGGAGGUCACCUAUGUGGAUGCACACAGGAACAACAGGAAUGAAGGGGUUGUGGAGUUUGCAUCUUACAGUGAUAUGAAGAGUGCACUGGAGAAGCUGGAUGGCACCGAGCUGAAUGGACGCAGGAUUAAGCUGACUGAAGAUCACAGAAGGCACAGAAGCAGAUCUCGGUCAAGGAGUUACUCAAGGUCUCGCAGCAGGUCCAGGUCUACCGGAUCUUCCCGCUCGGACAGCCGCUCCAGGUCCAGGUCCCGCUCCAGGUCCAGGUCCCGGUCUCGCUCCCGCUCCCGGUCCCGCUCUCGCUCCCGCUCUCGUUCUCGCAGCCGUACACCUAAAAAGAGCUACUCCCAGAAAAGCCACCGCUCCAGCUUGAUAGCUUCUUCCCCCUCGCCCUCCUCCUCCAAACGGAAAUCUCGCUCUCGGUCGAGCUCUGCUCAUAGCCGCAGUUAACCUGCUCUGAGGGCUGCAUUAAUGCGUUUAAUUUGAUUCAAGUUUCUUGAAGGCUUGAGACAAAUUACACAUGAGAAGUGGGAGGGGAAGAGUUAACACAAUUAAAGGGUAACCUCCUCUUACAUUGCCAAAGUGCCUGUCAUCAAAUAGGCCGUCUCUGUGAGGAGGGGCUGUCAGCUUUCUCCUCUCAGUGAAGUCUGGAGUGGGAAGUCUUUUUUAUUUUUCCCCCCCCUGCUAUUAGUAAACAUUUCUAUCAUAGAUAUAUUAUGUACACAUAAUGCUGAGGUAAUGGGAUGAGACAAGAUGCUGCUUUCUCCCUCUUUUGCCCCCUCCCCCUCCACUUUCCCCUCCACCUCCAAGGCCUUUGACUUCCAAAAUACUACGUUAGCUUUUGUCCUUGGUAUUAAGUCUGAGAACAGGAAUUAUAGAUUUUAUUCCUUUAAGGUUCUGUGGCUACUUUUCUGUGUGAGAAUGAAUGGACCAGAUAAAUUUAGUUUAGGGUUCACUUUUUUCCUCCCCCCUCCCCUGUUGCUUGGCUUAAUGGGCUGUUUCAGUUCCAGCUUUAAAUGACCUUGAUACUACGCUUGAUUUGCAACAGACUUUCAGGAGUACACGUUGGUUAGCUGAAUAUCGCUCAUUUGGAUAGUGAAUCGAUACAUUGUUAAGCAGUGAUGAAGGCUGGAAUUCCCUGUUGAAGUGAGAUGUACCAUCCAGAUGCCAGGAUUAUUUGGAAUCCAUGCUAAUAAUUUUCCAGUAACUCACUAGUGUGUGGUAUUGUAUGUAGAGGCCUUAUUUGACAGGUGACUCCAUAAACUGCACAGAUACGUCAAUCUGCAUGUCCAUGUUUUUGGUGUUUAUAAAAGUGACAUAGCUUUCAUACCCAGAAGUAUGAUCCUGAAUACCGUGUGUAUGGCUAGCAAUAGUCUCGAUGGGAAGGAAGGUUAUUUUAGUAAUGGCAGCAGCAAAAAAAAAAAGUAAAAUCCCAGGAAAAGUGUAGUGAGUUGUGACAGGAGAAGUUAAUCAUGUUCCGCAGUGAAGAGGGUAGUUUCUUUCAGUCUUCUGAAUGCACAGUUGUUUUGAUUAAUAGAAACUUCCAGUACAGAUACCGUUUGUUCUUAUCAUUUGGAAUUAGGUUUUUUAAGACCUGUGUAUGGUUCAAUAAGGGACAUGUUUUUGGAAAAACUAUGUAAAUUAAUCCCAAAGUCUUACGUGUGUUUAAAUGUACCAUUCCUAAUAAAAUAAAACCUUUUUCUGGCUCA